CACCAUCAAUGCGAGUAAUACACUCAUACUGUGUAUGUAAGCUAUAAUUCGAGAGCCAAGUUUAAAGGAGAGAUGAUGGACUAAUAAAAACGUGGAAUCAUAUAAUGAUCCUGCUCAGUCUCAACCUUCCAAGUAGAUUCAUUGUUUACAGGAUCGUAUAUAAAAUGUGAGUUAGCAUCAUCUAAAUUUUGUUGUCAAUGCGCCCUGGUGGUUGCCGGAGAAGGAAUUGACCCGGUCAGAGAUUUUUUUUGACCUUGUAUCCGCUUGUAUACACAUACACAAGCACAAUGGCAGACAACUCGGCUCCAACGACACAAACGAACCAAAACAAUGCCACUUCAUUAAAGGACAUGAAGAAAUUUGAGCGAUGGCGCAAAUCUUUGCAAUAUCUUACUGGUCUCGGUAUGUCCGAGAACGAGCAGAAAGCAUUCCGCAAGGACCUUGACAGCGAACUUGAAUCAUACCAAUGUCGGCAGUGCGAAGUCUGGCGCGAUAAUUUGAUUAAAAACAGUCCCUCGGUUCGGUUCAUGGUUGAACAUCUCGGCAGGAUUGGUCGUGAAAUCAAACGAGACGACUUUUUAUGUGCUCCCUGUGAUAUUACACGGUCCGGCGGUUUCUCGCCUGAGGACGGUAUUUUAUUAUGUCAAAACAGAAUGAACUCUAAAACACAUCAAGAACAUACAAUGGUCCAUGAAAUGGUUCACUUGUACGACCAUCAUCGGUUUAAGGUGGAUUGGCUCAAUCUACGCCAUCAUGCUUGUAGUGAGGUUCGAGCAGCAAGUUUGAGUGGUGAUUGUAACUGGACACGCGAAGUCCAACGUGGUUUCUAUACCUUUACAAAGCAACAUCAGACAUGUGUCAAGCGAAGAGCUAUCUUAUCAGUGGCGGAAAACCCGAAUUGCAAAUCUAAAGAAGAGGCAGAACGAGCUGUUGCUAGUGUGUUUGAUAGCUGCUUUGCUGACACUCGGCCGUUUGAUGAAAUUUAUUAAACCGGUGGUGAUGAUAAAUGAUAAUGAUAAUAAUAAUGAAGCUUUAGAAAUAAUCCCCAUUUUCUUUACAAUUGUAUUCCUCUCCUGUAAUUAUUGCUCAUUUAUGAUUUACUCUUCUUUUGUCCGUUGAAAAUAGAAAAAGCAUCCAUUUUCUAGCAUCUGUCAAGCAUAGAUUUUACGCUGUGGAGCAUGUUGAUGUCGUGGUCGCAUGCAAAGCACUUCUUUUUGAAUUUGGUUUAGCUGCUGAGUUCUUCUAUACACCUCACCACAUCCCAUGAUGCUGCGCCAUGCACAUGCCAAUAUGGAUAUCUAAGUGAGGCUAAAGUGGCGGUGGA